GACUUAUGAAGUCCGCUGAUUCAUUGAAGAUUGAAGAAAGCAAACCACAAGGACAAGGAGCAACCUCCAGAAAAACUGCUUGUCCAAAUCCUCCGGCUCAGAAACCUGCAGCCAAUCGCCCACCACAUGCUGAAAAUGCAGCUGCUGUUCAGGCAGAGCAGGGGAAGUCAUCUGUCGGAAAUCAGAUGACGCAGGCUAAGCGGAAACCAGAAUCACCAGGUAGAUCUGGUGAAAUUCCUGAACUUAUGAAGUCGGUUGAUUCAUUAAAGGUUGAAGAAAGCAAACCACAAGGGCAACAGGCAACCUCUGGGAAAACUGCCCCUGCCAACCCUCUUGCUGAGAAACCUGCAGCCAAUUGUCCACCACGUGCUGAAAAUGCAGCGGCUGUGCUGGCAAAGGAGGGAAAAUCAACUGUCAGAAAUCAGAUGAUGCAGGCUAAGCGGAAACCAGAAUCACCAGGUAGAUCUGGUGAAAUUCCUGAACUUACGAAGUCAGUUGAUUCAUUAAAGGUUGAAGAAAGCAAACCACAAGGGCAAGAGGCAACUUCUGGGAAAACUGCUCCUGCCAACCCUCUUGCUGAGAAACCUGCGGCCAAUCGUCCACCACGUGCUGAAAAUGCAGCUGCUGUGCUGGCAAAAGAGGGAAAAUCAACUGUCAGAAAUCAGAUGACGCAGGCUAAGCGGAAACCAGAAUCACCAGGUAGAUCUGGUGAAAUUCCUGAACUUAUGAAGUCGGUUGAUUCAUUAACGGUAAAGGAAAGCAAACCACAAGGGCAAGAGGCAACCUCUGGGAAAACUGCUCCUGCCAACCCUCCUGCUGAGAAACCUGCAGCCAAUCGCCCACCACAUGCUGAAAAUGCGGCUGCUGUGCUGGCAAAGCAGGGGAAAUCAUCUGUUGCAAAUCAGAUGAUGCAGGCCAAGUGGAAACCAGAAUCACCAGGUAGAUCUUGUGAAAAUCCUGAACUUACGAGAUCUGUUGAUUCAUUAAAGGUUGAAGAAAGCAAACCACAAGAGCAAGAGGCAACUUCUGGGAGAACUGCUCCAGCCAACCCUCCUGCUGUCAAACCUGCAGCCAAUCACCCACCACAUGAUGAAAAUGCAGCUGCUGCGCGGGCAAAGUUGGUUGGAGGGAGCACUACAAAGCAAAAGAGCGAGGCACUAAGAAAGAGGGACAAGGAGAAGAGGAUGAAACAAAAGAAAAGGCAGCAACAAAAGGCAGCAACAAAAGGAAAGCUUGCAGCGGCAGUUGCUGCUGCUGACACAGAGGAAGAGAAACAAGAGAAACAAGGAGAAGAGGAGGAAACAAAAGGAGAGGCAGGUGCUGUAGCAGCGGCAACGAAAGGAAAGCCUGCAGCUGCAGUUGACACUGCUGCCAUAGCUGCUGCAGCUGCCGCUGCUGCCACCGCUGCUGCUGCUGCCGCCACUGCUGCCGCCGCCCUUUCUGCCAUAGCAGCAACGGCUAAGGGUUCCUGAUCGGAUGCAAAUGUACUAUAUUAGGUUCCAGCUGCACUAAAGAGGAUCUGGUGCAUAUUACCAUAAGCUUGCCCUGACUCUUGUUGUAGAAUUAUUUUUCUUACUUGUGGCUUUUGAUGAUAGAAUGUGAGGUUAUCAAAUAAAGCACAAGUAUGUAAGCGCAUAAAAAGCGCCUUCAUGUCAUGGCAGCAGUGUUUGAUAUGAAGGCCGACAAAGCCCCGGGACUUGACGGGUUCAAUCCUGGCUUCUACCAAGGCUAUUGGGACAUUAUAGGUAAUGAUAUUGCUCUAUACUGUAUUGAGAUAAUUCACAGCAGGUCUAUCCCUGAUUAUCUGAA